AUGGCCGACCAAACUCAAGACGUCCAGACCUUCCAGCCGGGGUCCAAGGACGUGUCCCACCAGCGGAACCGCGUCCAUGAUGCCAGGUCCGACGCAAUCAACCGAACGACUAGCGGGACGACCGUCCACCGCAUCGUGCCCAACCUCGUCGUGUCGGACAUCCGCUCCGCGGCCGCCGAGUACCAGGCCGUGUUCGGCCUCGACGUGCUGAUGGACCACGGCUGGAUCGCGACCCUCGGCGACCCGACUGGCCGUCUCCAGCUGAGCCUGAUGACGCAGGACGCGACGGGCCCGGUUAACCCGUCGGUGUCGAUAUUCGUGGACGACGUGGACGAGGUCGAAGCGCGGGUGCGCGCCGAGGGGCUCGAGAUUGUGCACCUUCGCACCGAGGAGGCGUGGGGCGUCACGCGCUUCUUCUACCGCGACCGCCACGGCAACGUCGUCAACGUGGGGAUGCAUACCCCAGCAGCGACGGCAGCAGCGGCGGCGGCGGCGCUGGAGACGGGCGAGGAGCCUGCCGAGCCGCGCGGCACGAAGCGCGGCGGGGACGAGCAGGGCGAGACCGGUACCGCGGCCAAGAACCACCAUGCUGAUUCUGCCUCGCGCUACGCGGAAAUCCUCUUGACUUCUUUGACAAAUCUAUUGCCUGAGCAGGCCAUCUUUUCGCAGUCGCCCAAUACCUCAACUGGUCUCUGCUCAUUCCGAAUUCGCGUAGUGUCUGAUCCGAUACCAAUAAAGUUGCCCAUGGCGGAGGUCCUGGGAAUUAUUGGGAGCGGCAUCGCCCUUGGCCAGGCGGCAGGCUUGAUCGGCAAGGGGGUCAAGCUCCUGCGCUCCAUCGCCAGGGCAAACGAAGAGUUCUGGGAUCUCCUCAAUGACCUCGAUACAUUGAAAGCAGCGAUAGACACGAAUAGUUCGGCACUUGAGGAGAUAGACGGCAAGGAUGACCCGAACCUCCAGCCUAUCCUCGCGGCUCUGGCACGUUCUGUGCAUGAGCUCAACUCCAUCGCCACCCGUCUUCUGUCAAAGAGCAAAGGUCUCAAUGCUCAAGGGCAGCACAGGAUACCCAAGCUAUUAUGGCAGAAGGAGAAGCCAGCGAUGUCUGAACAUCUUACUAAAUGUCGACAGUAUCAUCAGCAAUUGAGUAGUUCUAUGCAGUCGAUCUUCUCAGUACGCCAGCAGAGACUACACGGGUCGUUGGCGCUUGAAGUUCACGCUAUCAUGAGCACCAGCACAGCCCUGCUUAACCAGCAAGCUACUUCUGGCCAGCUCAGAGAGACAGAAUCGCAUAUGAAAGAUCGAAUGGAAUCUAUGGAGUUGGCAUCACGGCGGCAGACCCAAGACCUGGCGGCCCAGUUUGACACACGCUUCAGUCGUUUGGAGCAAGCAUUGGCUCAGACACGGCCGGAACCCGGUGAAGGAUGCCCAGAUACUUCGCAGCACAAACCCAGCCCUAUCUCGAUAUACACCACUGUGCGGAGAAAAUGCGAGCCGGGUUGUCGAUGCCAAUGCCACAUCUACUCAGAGAUGAAAUCACCCCCUUGGCUACGAUCAGUGCUGGGGUCGUUCUUCCUCCGCUACAACGCUCUGCCGCUGCUGGACCGUCGGCCAUGCAACACGAAUCUGUGUAAGCAAAGCAAGAAAGCCAUCUCUGUGCAAUACCAGCUCCCCAGCUGGCUUAUCUCCAGCGCCAUUCAUGUUGGAGUGGGCUGGGAUAGUUUCCUGGGUACCGGAGCCCAUGUGUAUUGGAAGGUGCCCAGAGUCAACGAUGCAAAUGUACUGGCUGUCGCUAUGUACCACGACAACUUCAAUUGGGUUCGAGCAGCAAUCUCUGCACGAUUCCUCCAGCCCAAUGACAUCAGGGAGACUGGUAGGCCUUGGGUCCUGCAAUGCUUCCAAUCCCAUGCAUAUAAGACAUUGAUUGUACUUCUUGAGAAUGGCUUCGAUCCCUGGAUGACCGACGUAAAUGGGAGGAAUUGCAUCAACAGCAUAUACCCGCAUAUGAUGUCCACACCCAACGUGCCUCAAGCUUUGGUCGACAUGAUGCGGCAUUUAGUAGACGAAGAUGAGCUCGGUUUCACCACAAUACAUAGGUGCGUCCUGGGAUUGUCUCCUGAGCCCAUUAGGAGCGUUAUUGCUUCGCACCCAUGCGAACUUCACACCUUCGAUAACAUGGGACUCGCACCUCUACAUUGGGCGGUGAGGUCGCGGAACACUGAGGCGUUUCACCAAUUGCUCCAGGCGGGUUGUGAUAUCAACAUCAGAGAGCGUGCCACCGGAAAUACAGCCGUUUUUACGGCGGUUGAGUUGCAUUCCCCCGUGUUCGCUGAGGAACUGAUCCGCAGAAAAGCAAACGUCAACAUACCGUCGUUUCAUGGAUAUACGCCUCUUCAUGAAGCACUCCGACAUCCAAUGCUGGAGACCGCGGAGCUUCUACUCGAUUCAGGAGCGUCACUCUUCGCCAAAUCCUUCUCAGAUCAGUGCUCUCCUAUCCACUGUCUGGGCGACUAUAGUGGAGGACUGGAGGAUGCCGAGGCAGGGUUGCGCCUUCUGCAGCAGCAUGGUGUGGACAUUGAGGUCAAGGAUGUUUGGGGGAGAACACCCUUGGCACUGGCCCUGAUUUACCGUAAACUUCACGCCGCCCUUGUCCUAGCAAAAGCCGGAGCGAAAUUCGACUCCGUAGAUUUGCAUAAUGAGACGCUGCUGCAUCAUCUGGCAAAAUCAAAGGCCCCUGAGCAUCUCUAUCAUCUGGACGCUUUCUACUGGGAUGGCAUUGACCCCGACCUUGGAGAUGGUUUUGACAGCAUGUCCCCGCUUGGUAGACUGCGGUCGAAAUGCAGAUCCUCUAGCGGACCAUUGAAGAAAACGGUUUACGAGACCAUUAGCCUGGCGGAACUGAUAGUCGAAAUCCGGGAGAGAAACUGGGCUAGGGGGCUGUUUCUUGGAAAGAGAUUAGCCAUGGAAUGCGACCGGUCUCAUGAGAAGCUCAAGAAAUGGAUUCGUGCCUGGCAAGAGGUUAUAAAGGAGGAGCCUAGUUUGGCUUAUCAAGACUGGGAUCCGGGGCGCAUGCCCUGGAUCGACGAGAUGAAUAUUGAAGGGGGAUACCAAGGUGGCGACUCAGAAGUCGACAUCCAUGCUUUGACUCUCCGAAAGCCAAGGGAGACACCCAGCCUGGCCGAAAGUCAGAGUGAUGAUGAAACGAUCUGGGAGACUACUGAUGAAGAGGACGAGUUCCACGAUGCACUCGAGGAACCAGCAUCGGCUUCGGAAUUGUGA